AUGAGACAAUGGGCUGAGCUGGAGUCGUCACAAGCAGCAAAGCUUAAGGUGCUAGCAGAGCAGACUGACUCAUCUGGGGAUAAGGGAUUUGCGCUGGGGCACUCAGCAGCAUCAGCCAUAAGAGCGGGGCCGGGGGGAGAGGGAGGUCAGGAGGCCGCGGCGAGGGGCCGAGCGCGGCCCGGAGGCGGAGCGCCCGCGGCGGGGUUCUGGGGCCUAGGCCCUGCGGCCCGCGCCCGCCCCCCGGCGUCACCCCGGCCCUCUGCCGGUCGGAACCCAGUGGCCCGGGUCCGCGACUUCCGGGGCGCCCCGCCCGGGACUCCCCGACCGCCCCGCCCUGCCCAAUGGAAGGGCCGGAGAGACCCCGCCGCAGCGCGGGGCCGGUGCUCGGCUCCUCAGAGGCCCGGGGGCCGGACGCCGAGGCCCCCCCGCCGUCGCGGUGACACGCGAGGUCCCGCGCGGGGAGCCCCCGGGGGCGUCCGGCCGCCGGCUUUGCAGCCUCAGAUGGGAAACUCUUGUCUAGUGAUGUGACUCAUUACGUGAUCCCAGACUGGAAAGUUGUUCAAGAUUAUCUUGAGAUCCUUGAG